UCUUCUCACUCUACCACAAUAGGCUUAUUUCUCUGUAUUCAAAUUCACUAGUGUAUUAUCGUACUAGCCGUCUAUUCCUAGUUGACUACUCCCAGUCUUUUCACGAUGGGUGCAGAAGUCCCUAACCCAGCGAUCGUGGAGACACAGGCUGUUCCUCAGCCUGUACGUGAUCCUCAGGGGAGCUUUGUCGUCAAAUUCAUUCACCCUGUCUAUUCAGAAUCGUACAAUUGCUUUCUAUCUCUCCCAAAAACCGACUUUCAAAUAUCUCAGGGCUCUGGUGAAAUCACCUUUGGAGUGCCUCAUUACACAGCUCGCAUAGCCUGUGGGAUUCUGACUGGCAAUCAUUUUUAUCACGGUUACUUCUCCCUCGACCGGAAAGAGGCCUAUAAUACCAGCUUGGGACCAGAGAAUCUUCUGACAGAGGACAAAUAUUACUUUAUCAUUCCAGGAUGCAGUUAGUCCACGCACUCUACCCUCCUUUACUUGUUUUAUAUCGCAUGAUGACACCUUCCCUUCAGAUUUUUAUCCCAUGGUGGCAUCUUCCAAGACUGGAUAUUUCCUCACGAUUGUUUGAAGUAUAU